CUUUGGUCUGACGGCCAUUUGCGGAUGUAAACACAAUUUCCCCAGUUCCACAUGCGUGCGAGGUCGGGAUGGCGGCUAAGUUCGAACGUUUUGCCUCUGCAGAGAAAGGGAAUGGUCUACGAGCAACACACGAAAUACACGCAGGUGAACUCCUGUAUACAGCGGAACCUCUAGCAUACUGCGUGUCCAACACAUGCGCCAAAGACUUAUGUCACAGCUGCUUCUCACGGCGUAAAACCCUCCUGAGAUGUUCUCAGUGUAAGGUAGCGCGGUAUUGUGACGUCACCUGCCAGAAACAGGCAUGGUCGGACCAUAAGAGGGAGUGUAAAUGUCUCCGCAGCCUCCAUCCCAGAAUCCCCACUGACUCUGUCCGUCUGGCAGCCAGAAUCAUCUUUAGAUUGUUGAGUCCAUCGCAGACUUCUCCAGGGCUGUGUUCUUUAGAGGAGCAUGAGUCACACCUGUGUGAUAUGGGAGAGGAGAGGAGGGAGGGUCUGUCUCAGCUGAGCUCCAUGCUCCAGCUCUACAUCCAACAGGAAGUCCCCAACAUCACGCAGGAACUACCCGCCGUGGACCCCCUCAGCCUGCUGGCCAAGCUUACAUGUAAUUGUUUCACCAUCAGUGACGGGGAGCUACGAGAGAUCGGAGUGGGACUCUACCCCAGUAUGUCGUUGCUGAACCAUGACUGCAGGCCCAGCUGUGUGAUGCUGUUUGAGGGGGAAACACUCCACCUCCGAGCCGUCAGAGACAUGCAACCUGCUGAGGAGUUGACUAUUAGUUACAUCGGUACGUUGGCUCCUACCAGAGACAGACGGACUCAGCUAGAGGAGCAGUACCAUUUCACCUGCCAGUGUCAACGAUGCACCACUGCAGACAUGGACCCCGUGAUGCUGUGUGGGGAGGAGAAGGCCUGGACCCCCCUGAGAGAAGCCAUCCCCACGUUGGAGAACUGGCAGACACAGGCUUGCUGGAAUGAGCUCUUAUAUGAGUGUAGUUCUCUGCUGGAUCCAUUGGAUGGCGAUGUCCCUGCAGUCCCUGAUUGUAAUGUGUACCGUCUCCGGGUGACUGACUUAGCCAUGGACGCCUGCAUCAACCUGGCCGCAUGGGACACAGCACUGGCCUAUGGCACCAUCACCCUGGAGCCUUACAGGCAGUACUACCCAGACCCCCACCCUGCCCACGCCAUCCAGCUGAUGAGAGUGGCCAAGCUCCAGCACUUCCUGGUUCACCUGGGGGACGCACAGCACACACUGAGACUGGCCUAUGACAUCAUGAAGGUUACUCACGGCAACCAGCACCCCCUGACCUCUGACCUCAUCAGGAAGUUGGAGGAGUGUCGGGCGGAGUUGGACCGCGCCUAGCGAACCUGCCCUAGCCACUCGAGGGGAUUCGAGGAGUCCGUGGCUGUUCAGAAAGUAGCACACGUUUUUAGUGUAAUGACGGUGUAGUGUUGUGUAGUUGAUAUUACAUCAUUUCUAGAGCUUCAUUUUGUUCCCUGUCAUUCUUCAUAACCCAUUAAACUCACUGAAACAA